UACAGGGUUACUCUUGUUUGCCCAGCAGAGGGGCUUCUUGGACGUCUGAUCCGCAAGCCUAAGUCAGAACCCUUAUUAAGGCCCUCGAUUGGCCGGAGGGCAGAUCUCGCGAGGACGGCACAAGGCACCCUGAAAUGAUCUAAUCUUGUAACGCGGUAAAAAUACUGUUUCGGUGGGCGACGUGGUACAGGUUCAGAAGGGCGUUCGUUACAGUGAUGCCGAAGCGUGGGAAAAAGGGAGCUGUGGCAGAAGACGGGGAAGAACCCAAGAUUGAGCCAGAAGCCAAGAAGAGUAAGGCGGGAGCAAAGAAAAACGAAAAAGAGGCAGCAGGAGAGGGAUCAGUCCUGUAUGAGGACCCCCCAGAUCAGAAAACCUCGCCCAGUGGUAAAUCGGCCACCCUCAAGAUCUGCUCCUGGAAUGUGGAUGGGCUUCGAGCCUGGAUUAAGAAGAAAGGUUUAGAUUGGGUAAAGGAAGAAGCCCCAGAUAUCCUCUGCCUCCAAGAAACCAAAUGUUCAGAGAACAAACUACCAGCUGAACUUCAAGAGUUAUCUGGCCUAUCCCAUCAGUACUGGUCAGCUCCUUCAGACAAGGAAGGGUACAGUGGUGUGGGCCUGCUCUCCCGCCAGUGCCCACUCAAAGUCUCCUAUGGCAUCGGUGAGGAGGAACAUGAUCAGGAAGGCCGAGUGAUUGUGGCUGAAUUUGAUGCAUUUGUCCUGGUAACAGCCUAUGUACCUAAUGCAGGCCGAGGUCUGGUACGCUUGGAGUACCGGCAGCGCUGGGAUGAAGCCUUUCGCAAAUUCCUGAAGGGUUUGGCUUCCCGUAAGCCCCUUGUGCUAUGUGGGGACCUCAAUGUGGCUCAUGAAGAAAUCGACCUUCGCAACCCCAAGGGAAACAAAAAGAAUGCUGGCUUCACUCCACAAGAGCGUCAAGGCUUUGGGGAAUUACUACAGGCCGUGCCACUGGCUGACAGUUUCCGGCACCUGUACCCCAACACAGCCUAUGCCUAUACCUUUUGGACCUACAUGAUGAAUGCUCGAUCCAAAAAUGUCGGUUGGCGCCUUGAUUACUUUUUGUUGUCUCACUCUCUCUUACCUGCAUUGUGUGACAGCAAGAUCCGUUCCAAGGCCCUGGGCAGUGACCACUGUCCUAUCACCCUAUACUUAGCACUGUGACACCACCCCCAAAUUACUUUAAGCCUGGGAAACAAGUCCCCGAAGCUAGCUUUAAAACUUAACCUCCCUUAACUUCUUUAAAAACUGCUCUCUAGAGAUAUCUGCACUGUAUUUCCCUUCGAAAAAUACAAAUCCUUCAACCAGGCUCCUACUGAUGCUUUUCUUUAAACCCCCAAUUUUAAUUUUUUUUUUUUAACAUUAAACAAAAGCUACUGAUGACUUCCUUUGAACUGUCCACAUGAAAAUAAAGAGCCAUAGUUUCA